GAGUGACUCUGACUAAUCUUUGAGUUAACUUGAUGUGAGUGGAUUUCAUAAUAUUCUAACAUUUGGAAAAAAAAAUUUGGCAUGCUUCCUGAUCACACAAUUUCUAUGCUAUCUCUGAAUUCUACAAAGUAUUCAUAUUUACUGCAAAUUGUUUAUAGCUUUGCCUACAAUAACAAUUAUGAGCUGCAUAUAGGUGUUCAUUUCCCAGACACUUGUUCAUUGCCUCUCCGCUACAUAAAGUUUGGUUGUACAUGAUGGGGUUUUGUAGUAUACUAAAAAGUUGCUGCGUUUGUGUUUUAUUGACAAUGAGAGAGAGAGAGAGAGAGAGAGAGAGAGAGAGAGAGAGAGAGAGAGAGAGAGAGCGUGUGGUCAUUACAACAUAGUAAAAAUUGUUUUUAAUGGUGGUGUAGAUAGAAUAUUUGUAAGCCUGUGUAAUAGCACUACAUGAAUUUAGACUCCAGAGAGCCGCUGUCCAUGGUUCUGCAAAACUGGUCUUUCUUUCAGGUGCUGUCCGUGGUCCCGAUAGUCUGAAGGGCAAAUUUUGCAGGUUGUAAUGUUUGUAACACAUUUAUAGUUAUUACAGUUUAUAAUACCACAAAGAAAUUAUAUAAGUGCAUGUUCACAUAGUAUGAUUGCUCUAUAAAUAAUUUAACCACUUAGCAAGGGUUUUGAAAAUUCACACCUUAACUAGUAUAUUUGUAGGCACAGAUUUAUUUCUAUUGUACCAUAGAAUAAAUAUUUUCGCUUCUGGUUUGGGCCGUCUUUCCUCAUACAAAAGUGUCACAAGACGUCGCUCGAGACCACGCAAAAAUCAAGUGAUCAGUAUUUGAAACACCUCCUCAAGUCGUAAAAAACACUCAAACGUCAUCACGUUUCUUUGCUUUGUGAAAAACAGUGCACAGACGAGUGAAGCCUGAAAGAGUGCAGAUCCUUCGCGAGAAUGGAUACAUGAAUAUCUAUCUAUAUUUCCUCAUUUUUCGCGAAUAGGCCUAGUGGCAGAAACCUGGGGUUUGUCACUGUUGCCUAAACAGCGAUGGCUGCUCGGAGACAAUGGGAUAAUACUGGGAGUCUGUUCUUCGCUCUCCUUUGUCUCUGCGAAUGGUCCGUGGCUCAGAUAUCCUAUUCCAUUUUCGAGGAAGUAGACAAAGGCACUGCAGUGGGAAACCUCGCUAAGGAUUUAAAUCUGAAUGUUCAGCAGCUCCAGUCCGCGGGUCUUCAGAUUACAUCUGGGUAUAAACAACAUCAUUUCGACAUAAAUCAUGACUCUGGAGUACUUUUCGUUAGCAAGAGGAUAGAUCGGGAGGAGCUUUGUCCUAAUACGGUAAAGUGCUCCUUAAAUAUAGAAGCCAUACUAAGCAAUCCUCGCAGCCUGCAUCGAAUUGAAGUUGUGAUAAAUGAUAUUAAUGACAAUGCUCCGUCUUUUCUGGAAGAAACAACUACAGCAGAUAUGUCUGAAUCUUCAUAUGUCGGAGAAAGGCAACCACUGCCUAUAGCUCACGAUGCAGAUGUGGGCACUAAUUCGGUCAAGACUUACAAAUUAAGCCCGAAUGAUUAUUUCUCUUUGGAUAUACAGAGCAAUGGUGAUCAAAGCGUGUCUGCUGAAUUAGUGCUGCAGAAAGCAUUAGAUCGAGAAAAACAGGCCGUUAUUGAACUCACUCUGACUGCGAUAGACGGAGGAAAACCUCCCAAAACGGGGACAUUACAGAUUCAAGUAAAUGUUCUGGAUGUAAAUGACAAUCCACCCGUGUUCAGUAAAUCUCUCUAUAAGGUCCAAGUGGUUGAAAAUGCAAAUAUUGGCACAACGUUAUUAAUGCUCACUGCAACUGAUUUAGACGACGGUGUUAAUGGUCAGAUAACAUACUCGUUUACGGAAAAGGGGCGUUUAAACCCCGAAGACAAAUUUUCCCUUAAUGACAAUACCGGAGAAAUUACCGUUAAAAGCAAUUUUGAUUAUGAGCAAAAUCAGGCAUAUGAGAUUCGUGUUCAAGCACGAGACAAAGGCAACCCUCCUCGCAGUGCACAUAGCAAGAUUUUAGUUGAAGUCAUUGAUGUGAAUGACAACGCUCCGGAGAUCUCGGUGUCAUCACUCAUGAGUCCAGUGAGAGAAGAUGCUGAAAUAGGCACAGCUGUAGCUAUGGUGACCAUCACCGAUAAGGACGGGGGCAAAAACGGCGUGACAAACUGUAAAAUCAAAGGUUCUGUUCCAUUUAAAUUAAAAUCUAACUAUAAAAACUACUAUUCGUUGUUGGUUGACGGGCCUCUUGACAGGGAGAGUGUUUCCCAAUAUAAUAUAUCAAUUGCAGCCACAGAUGAAGGAACACCUUCACUGUCGAGCACAAGCGUAAUUACUAUUCAAGUUUCUGAUGUAAAUGACAACCCCCUCAAUUCCUGGAAUCUAUUAUCAAUGUUUAUGUAAAAGAGAACAGUCCGAUUGGAACUACAAUCCAUAAAUUGACUACGUUAGAUUCAGAUUUAAAUGAAAACGCAAAAUCAACGUAUCAUUUAAUCAAUAGCUCGCCUAAGAGCACGCAGUCGACUUCAAU